CCAAGGUCUUCUUACAUCAUCACUAUUUACAAAUCACUGAUACUCUCGUUGUAAAGGCCAACGUUCCCAUCCACCACCAUCUCGAAGUUUCACAGUCCACUCAAUGGCACCUCGACGUCUCAAGGUUGCCUGCUCCGGCCUCGGCCGCAUGGGUUCUCGCCAUGCCCUCCAUUUCCUCAAUCGCACACCCCGAGCAGAGCUCGUAGCAGCCUGGACACCAGAUGAGAAAGAGCUGGCAUGGGCCAAGCAGAACCUUGAGCCCUAUGGCACCACACUUUACACUAAUUACGAAGAGAUGCUCAAGCAUCCAGGCCUUGAAGCUGUUGUGAUUGCCACGGUGACUACUGCGCACGCUCAGCAAGCCAUACAGGCCAUCGAGGCAGAAAAGCAUGUGCUUUGCGAGAAGCCGCUGAGUACGAGCGUCGAGAUUUCACAGACUGUUGUUGACGCUGCGGCUAAGAAGCCUCAUCUGAAAGUCAUGUGUGGCUUCUCCCGCCGCUUCGACGACUCCUACCGGGACGCCUUUGAGCGCAUGGACUCGGGCGCCAUCGGUCGCCCUACGAUCGUCAGGUCGCAAACGUGCGACAUGUACAAUCCGACGCCGUUUUUUGUUGAGUACUCCCAGUUCUCAGGAGGUAUCUUCGUGGACUGCAAUGUGCACGAUAUUGACCUUGCAUUAUGGUUCUUCGGCCAGGACUCGCAAGUCAAGAGCGUCGCUGCGUUUGGUGUCACGGCUAUCGAGCCCGACUUGAAGAAGUACGGAGACGUUGAUAACGGUGUUGGUGUGGUGGAGUUCUAUGGCGGCAAGAUUGCGUACUUCUACUCAUCGCGCAUGAACGCGCCGGGCCAGCACGAUGAGACGGAGAUUAUCGGCACCAAGGGGAAACUGGCUAUCAAUACGCGUCCGCAGAACAAUUUGCUGGAGGUGCAUGAGGCGAACGGUAUCCGACGUGAGAUUCCUUUGACAUACUAUGGUCGAUUCGAGAAUGCGUUUGUGAAGGAGGCAAAUGAGUUCACGGCGGCAUGUCUAGAUAACAACAAGCUUCCAUUUAAGCUGAGCGGAGCUGUACAGGCAGUCGUAAUUGGAUGUGCUCUUCAGGAGAGUCUGAGAAGUGGGAGGAAGAUCUUUUUCGACGAGACUGGCAAGCAAGUGGAGCAGGCGAAGUUAUAGAUAAUGGCAG